UGUAGGUCGAGUCGGUUUUAAGAAAGACAGAUACAGUCGGCCAAAUUAAUUUUUGACAUCCGCCAAUCCGUAAACUAAAAAUAAAAGUUAUAAAAAAAUACUUCAUAAAAAAUUAAAAAUUAUAUUUUAAUUAUAAAAAUAUGAUUUAUAUUAUUUUCUACAGAAAGUAAUUAUUUUAUUACAAAACAUAAUUAUUUUAUUUAAAUGUAUAUUACCCGUGUACCGACUUUUUUCGCGGUCAUAAGGGUUAAAAUUCUGAAGCCAAAAGAUAAAGGUAGGCGAGAAAAUUUGGAAAUCCGACAGAAAAUAGUAAUAUCGAUGUAUUUACAUAAUUAAUAAAAUAUAAUAGAUAAAAAUACGACACCGCCUAAGCUACUAGCUUGUCUUUUUGUAGCAUUGAUCGAGUUACACUAAGAAGUAAUAGUGUCUAUAUAGCCUAGGUACCGAGUCACGCUCAUUCCAUCUUAAGAAGCUUAUAAACAAAACAGAAAUGGCAUCUCCUGCCGUCUACACCACACAGAAACCACAUGUAGUCUGCGUGCCUCAUCCGGCUCAAGGACACAUCAACCCGAUGCUUAAGGUAGCUAAACUCCUCCACGCUAAAGGCUUCCAUGUAACCUUCGUCAACACCGUCUACAACCACAAACGUCUCCUCCGAUCUCGCGGACCCAACGCGCUAGACGGGUUUCCUUCCUUCCGUUUUGAGUCUAUCCCUGAUGGUUUACCGGAGACUGAUGGGAAUACAACACAGGACAUCCCUUCCCUUUGCGUGUCCACCAUGAACAAUUGUCUUUCUCCGUUUAAGGAUCUUCUCCGGAAAAUAAACACCGGAGAUGAUGUUCCUCCAGUGAGCUGUAUUGUAUCGGACGCUGUGAUGAGCUUUACACUUGACGCUGCCGAGGAGCUAGGUGUCCCAGAUGUUGUUUUUUGGACCGCAAGUGCUUGUGGCUUGAUGGCUUUUCUACAAUUUCAACGCUUUAUCGAGAAAGGUUUAACUCCUUUUAAAGAUGAAAGCUAUAUCUCUAAUAAGGAGCAUCUAGAGACGGUUAUAGACUGGAUACCAUCAAUGAAAAAUUUUAGGCUAAAGGACUUCCCUAGCUUCAUCCUUACCACUGAUCCUGACGACAUAAUGCUCAAUUUCUCCAUUCGAGAGGUCGAGCGAUUCAAAGGCGCCACUGCGAUCAUUCUCAACACGUUUGAUGAUCUGGAACAUGACGUCAUACAGUCGAUAAAAUCUAUGUUACCUCCAGUUUAUUCUAUUGGACCGCUCAAUCUCCUAGCGAGCCAGGAAGUCUACGUGGAUAGUGAUAUGGGACAAAUGGGAUUAAAUUUGUGGAGAGAAGAAACUGAAUGUUUGGACUGGCUCGACACUAAAGCUCCAAACAGCGUUGUUUUUGUAAAUUUUGGAUGCAUAACGGUGAUGAGUGUGGAGCAGCUAGAUGAGUUUGCUUGGGGUUUAGCUGGUAGUGGGAAAGAGUUUUUGUGGGUGAUCCGACCGGAUUUAGUGGCCGGAGAGGCGGCAGCGGUUCCACCGGAGUUUAUAAGGGAGACGGAGGACCGGGGGAUGAUGGCCAGUUGGUGUCCUCAAGAGAAAGUCCUUUCCCACCCAGCAAUAGGAGGAUUCUUGACGCAUUGUGGGUGGAACUCGACGUUAGAAAGUCUUUCUGGCGGUGUUCCGAUGAUAUGUUGGCCAUUUUUUGCGGAGCAGCCAACGAACUGUAAAUUUUGUUGUGAUGAGUGGGGAGUAGGGAUGGAGAUCGGCGGUGAUGUAAAGAGAGAGGAGGUUGAGGCGGUUAUACGAGAGUUAAUGGAUGGAGAAAAGGGAAAGAAGUUGAGAGAGAAGGCAGAGAAGUGGCAGCGGCUGGCCAAGGAAGCGACCGAGUAUCCAUCUGGUUCGUCAAACGUCAGCUUUGAGACCCUUGUUAAUAAGGUUCUCUAAGAACAAGUGGAAGAAGAUAUUGGCUCUUGGGAAGGAGGGGCAUUAGAGGAAGUAGUAGGAGCCUCGGAAUUGUAUGGGUAGAUUAGGUAAGAAGAGGUUGAAGGUAAGCGUUGCUGUUGCUGCUGCUGAUGAAUAUGAUGAGCAUAAUGUUGGUGAUGUUGAUGAGGAUAUGGUC